AUGGAAGCGGAAGGGUGGGGUAGCCAGGAUGAAGAGGAAGGAAACGACGGGGAGGAUGGAAAUGACGAGGAUGAAGAGGACGACGAAGAUGAGUUCGCCGCGCAGGGUGAAGCAAGCGGCCUCGGUGGAGGCCGCAUCAUCAACAAGAGUACCACCGUCGGCAUUAUCAUCAGCAAGAGCCGCCCUCGGAGGCCGUCGCGCAAGAAGACUAAGAAGCCCGUAUGGUCGCAGCUGCGCAAAGCGUGCGAUCGGUGCACGAGCAAAAAGGUAAGGUGCGAUGGCAAAGAGGGAUGCUUCCAGUGCAGCAGAGUUGGCGCCACCUGCCACUUCAGCAUCUGUAGGCGCUCGGGACCGAGAGAUUCGAACGGCCACAAGACCGGGACGAUUGGUCCUAUCAUUCCUCGGGACGGUUACGAGAAGGUCACGGGCAGACGCGGGUCCUGCCGAAUCAGCUCCCAGUGCCGAUUCGUCUCCGCGGACGGUCAGAGCAAGACGGAGCACUACCACUGCCGCGCCCCCGGCUGCGAGUACGCGUCUAAAACAUCGUUUUCCUUCGGGAAUGCAGCUGGUUGCCGGGUGUUCUGCCAAUCGGCGCACUGA